GAUUUGAAUAUAAGUUGAAUUCCAUUCAAGCAAUUUAUUCAAAUUUCUUUCAAAUUUAUCCUUAUAAAUAGAUUAUGUUUAUUCUGUCUCCACCUCAAAUGCCAUUACUUCAGCAACCCAAAACGCAGUUUCCCAGAAAUUUUGUCUGCAACUUCCAUCAACUUUCCAAUCCAAUCUCCAUCUGCUGGUGAUCACGUACUUUUCAAUCAUUACGCGUUGUACAUUUCUUGUUGAGAAUGGCGCCAAAGAGGCCUUUUCAUUGGGAUGCUGGUGAGGAUGGGACUGAUGAUGCUCCAGCUCGGGACAGUAAGCGGUUUAAUGUCAGUAGAGAUGUUCUGGGAAAGCUUUCAGUGCAGGAUAUGGUUGCUGGGAUUGAACCUUUCCUUCGAGCAGUGGUGCGAGAUGAGGCAGAACAAACUGUUCUGCGAUUCUUUCAACCCUCCUUCAGACCAUCAUUCAAUCAGACUGAGACCUCAGAAGCAAGAGAAUUCCUGUUGCAAUUCGUUAACAGACCACCGUCUACCAUCUUUACUGGUAGCAAGGUAGAAACUGAGGAUGGUGACCCCAUCAGGAUUGAAUUGUUGAAUGCCAAUAGCAAGACCCUUGUGAAUUCAGGUCCUUUGUCUUGUAUGAAGAUUGAGAUUGUUGUCCUUGAUGGUGAUUUUGGUUUGGAUAACCGGGAAGAUUGGGGUGAUAAUGAAUUCGAUGCUAAUGUUAUCCGAGAACGAGAGCGUAGAAGGCCUCUGAUAACCGGAGGAGAUAUAAAUGUUACAUUAGAAGCAGGAGUGGGUCUGAUCAGUGAUAUAGUUUUCACCGACAAUUCUAGUUGGCAAAGGAGUCGAAAAUUUCGGCUGGGAGCUAGACUUGUGCCAAGAACUUGCAGCGAAGCAAGGAUUAGGGAAGCUAGGAGUGAACCUUUCGUGGUAAAGGAUCAUCGUGGAGAGUCGUAUAAGAAACAUCACCCUCCAAGGUUGGAUGACGAGGUCUGGCGUUUGGAAAGAAUAGCAAAACAGGGUGCAUCCCACAAAAAGUUGGCAGAAUGUGGAAUUCAUACUGUGAGGGACUUUCUGCAGGCACAUGCACGAAAUCCAUCUGAACUGCGAAUGGUGCUUGGAGAUGGAAUUUCAAACAAGAUAUGGCAUAUAAUUAUAAACCAUGCAAAUAAUUGUGUUUUAGAUGAUAAGGUAUACACUUACUUUGAAGCAGGAACUUGGCUUCUUUUCAAUUCCGUGCACAAGCUCAUGGGAGCAGCAUUUGAUGGCCAGACGUAUGAGCCUCUGGAUGCACUAGCUCCUUCUGAAAAGGCCCAUGUGGAAAGUUUAAGGCAACAAGCUUAUAAGAAUGUGGAUGCAUUUAUCCCGACCGAUGCUCAAUCCAUUUUUGGCCCUACAAGGUCCUUGACAUGGCUACCACCAGAGUCAUUCAAUGGUUCAAAUCGCAAUCUGCAGCAACUUGAAUUCCCAAUUGCUCGGCAAGAUCAACCAGAAAUGCUGCUGGAUUUCAACACCAUGGACAACCAGUUAGAAGGUUCCAUAUCACAGAAUAAUACUUAUCCUCCAUACAUGCUAAGGAGAAGUUUCAAAGUGAGGGGUAUAUCUUCUCUUCCCUACCCAGGAGAAAACAGUUGGUCUACAAUUGUAUCACAACAAUGGCCAGUAGGGACAAGUAGUCAACCAACUCCUGAGGACAAUCACCUGCAGGGUCAAACAUCAAGCUGGUCAACUCCUAAUACUUUGAUUUUCAGUUCAGGUAAUGAAGGAGAACUAGGAUUAUUCUCUUCUCACCCAUGUUUUGGUGUCCUUGCAAAAUCCAAAGCAGGGUGGUGCAAGCUACGAGCUGCUAUCUUGUGGGGCUUAGUUAGGCGAGCCAUUGCUGCAAAAAGAAUGUAGGCAAAGACUCUGUAUGCAAUCCCUUAUUAGAUAACAUUUUAAUUUAUUAAUGAAUAAUUAAAUUAAUUAAAAAUAAAAGAAAAUUAAAUAAAUUAUUUUUAAUUAAAA